GUACACCCAUCAUGAGCCAUGGCUUGAGAGCCCGAUGCCGCUGAAGAUUCAGUCCACGUUUGCCGUAGCCCGUAGCAACGUCACAAGGGAUCCCUGGAGUACCUUCUUCAUUUCCGAAGGCACCUCAUAGUUCCGGCCUGUCGACCGUUCUGGCAACUCUCGCAGCGGGCGGCACUCUCACUCUCCCAUCGCGCUCGCGAUCAUCUCUCAGGGGCAGAAGUGCUGCCAGACAGUCUCUCCUCGAGGCCAUGUUUCUUAAAAAUCGGCAGGGCCGAGGGCGAGCGGUUCUCACAUCUAUAGCACGGCGCUGCUCUUCCCUCUCCAGCGGCCCUGCCAAUCCGCCCGCGCCAUAUCUGGCAGGGGGUGGGCUCGACCACUCUUCGGCAUUGCAUUGUUUCCCCCAUCCCACCUCGAGGCGAGCGCGUUCACCCAUUGUGAUCCUCGGGCCACGCACACGCCCGUGGUGGCCACACGAACACGGAAACAUAUAAGAAGCCUGCGCUCGCGCCGCCAGCUUCACGCAGCCCCGUUUGCGUCUUCCCACACCCCACCCCCGACUCUGUCUACCAGCUCGUCUGACUCGCUAUGGCGUACUCUGCAUACGACGGCUACAACGCCCAGCCCUUCGGCUACCCCCUUCAGCACUCCCUGUCGCACGGCGCGCCCGCCUUCGGAGUCCACCCGACCGAGUUUGGGUACCAGGACCCGAUCUAUGCAGGUGCCUACGGAGAGGGCUACCCGCAAGCUGCCUACCCAGUAUACACUCCUCAACGCACGAUCAGCCAGUUCGGCCGAGCGUACGACGAUCUCGCCCUGGGAGAUCCCUACUACGCGGAUCGCCAGUACGGCGCGCCGUACAUGCGCCGCCGCCACUCCAUGUCGCGCUCGCUCUCGCGCAUGGGGAGCCGGCCGACGCUCGACGGCUACCGGCGGAUGAGCUCGACGGUGGUCAAGUUCAAGCGCAAGGGCGGCUUCCGGAGCGGCAUCACGCUCGGGGAGGCUAUGUCCGACGCGCACCUCUCGAACAACUACGACUAUAGUCCGUAUGACCUGAACGCCGAUGGGCGGGGCAGGAUCAUCCUCAAAGUCAAGUGGACGGGCUACAAUUCCAUGACAUACGAGCUCCCGGUCGAUACCUACGACGGACGAGUCGAGCUCCAAACUGUGGCGCGCCGCAUUGCGCGCGCGUGCUGCCACUUCCUGCAGCUGAACUUCAAACCUCCCAGCGGUCAAUUCACCAUCCUCGCGGCUUUCGUUCUGCGCACUGCUGAGCAGCUCAAAGUUGUAUCACUGGGGACUGGCUCCAAGUGUCUACCUGCUGAGCGACUUCCCAAAUCCGGCGACGCUCUGCACGACAGUCAUGCUGAAGUGCUAGCCAGGCGCGGAGCUAUUCGGUGGCUGCUGGAAGAGACUGCGCGCGUCUGCUCUGAAGACUCGGACUACGCGUCACCCUGGCUCAUCCGGGAUGCGGAUGGUCGAUUUAUGCUACGCGAGGGCGUCCAACUGGAUAUGUACAUAUCUACUGUUCCAUGCGGAGACGCAUCGACGCGCUACCUCGCGUCCUUCCAGGGCGCCGAAAUGGCGGCUCUCAAGGACUCGGUCGCACGUCCCGAACCACCUGCGUAUUCUCCUUCGACGGCCAGAGGACGAGACAACUACUCCCUAUACGGCGUGAUGCGCACAAAACCAGGACGCGCGGACUCUCCGCCGACCCUGUCCAUGUCUUGCAGCGACAAGAUAGCGGCAUGGAACGUCCUCGGCAUACAGGGCGCGCUGGCGUCUCGACUCCUGCACCCAGUCUACAUCGACCGAAUCAUCAUCGGCGAAGUAGCUCCCUCUAUGCACGAGGAGGUGGCCGCAGAUUGCACAAGAGCGCUAUAUGCAAGGCUCCGUUGCGUCAAUGGUCUUACCGCCCCACACCGACUGAACGAGGCGUCGAUCGUUUACACAUCAGUCCCUUUCGUGCACUCGCGCUUCGCUCUCGAUGUCCCUGCACCAUCCGGGUGCAACGAUUCGUUGUGCUGGAUCUCGGGGUCUCCUCGCGAGUGCGAGGUUCUCAUCAAUGGUUUCCGGCGAGGCGUGUCUCCCAAGCAUCGACAUAAUCCCAAGUUCAGACCUGUCUUGUCCAAGCUCGUCCUGUAUGCGCUAUAUCAAGAUGUAGCACGCAAGGCCGGUGUUCCUAAUGACGGCUCGAGGACCUAUCACGGCAGUAAACGUACGGCGUCGGAAUACCAAGCGGCCAAGCAUGCACUGAAAGGGCCUGGAGGACCCUUUGAGGGAUGGGUGAGUUCUGGAGAAGAGUGGGAGAAUUUCGAUGCAAAUGGGUCAAUUGUACAAGCGUAG